AUGUCACUUUCCCUCGGGAGUUUCAAUAACCAUAAUGGGUUAUGGAACCAUGGUGACGGUGGGAGCCCAACUCCUGACGCUUUCACCACAGACUGUGUCCAAAAUGAGCAAUCCCGCUCCCCAAAGGCGCCAAGAGUGGGAACUUCGGCCAGCGCUUCGGACCGGCUUGCCCUUCGGAACGGCCCUUCAACUCCAAUUGAGGUCAACGCCAACAGCAUGACCGGGGUCAAGUAUCAACGCUCUCUUGGACCAGUUGAUCUAGCGGUUUGGGAUGCCAUGGCAAUUGACGCUGGCUUAGACCGCGACCAUAGGAAAUGGGGGCGGACCCAAGCUGAAGUCAUUGGAGAGCACCAUCGAUAUAUGGUGCAGGCCUCGGUUCAAGCUCGUAUUGUGUAUGAUCUCACAAGCAUGCAAGAGAAGAUGCACACGAUUUUCGAAAGCCUAGAACGUCUGACCAGCCGCCUCGAGUCCCACAUGGAAGCUAACAUAGACUCUGCUAUGGCGCCUGACUCAAUUUUGAGCCACAUCGAUGUCAUGUCUGACCGCAUUGCGCGACUCAGCCGUCACAUCGAGGACAACCCAGCUCCGGCUACUCAAGCGGUGGUUCAUGCUGACCCAAUGCCAAGGGUUGGACCAUGGGCGCCAUCCACGCACCUACAAGAUUUUUUCAAACCGCUGGUACGGAGAUUGCUCACCCAACCCACGAUUCAAGCGUACACCACAAUGUUUGAUGGCAAAGGAAUAUGGAUCGUGAACUCUUUGUUCAACAAUGUCAAGCAAACUGUGAACCGACAAGGGCCAGCAUGGACGACCAAACAUCUUCCUGCCAACAUUCAUGGUGUCAGCGACGUGGCAGGGACUAAGUUAUAUCACACUACCAUCAAAAAUGCAUGCAAGCAUGGUCGUGCAAAGUUGCACAACUUGGUGAGUAUUGUAUUCAACAAUUGUCAUGACACCAUGCCUCCCUCUGCUUGUGUUGUGCUGAUGUCUUUCCCUGAGCUCUUAUCAGGGAUCUGGGAGGUUAAAACCGGCGAAGUGUCUGAUACCCCCGUUCCAACCCUCAAGGAACUUAUCUAUAAAAUUGCACUCAAGUUUGGCACGUUAGGUGAUCACACUGACCCUCAAUCGUUGUGGAAUGUAACCAGCGAUCCGACUCGGGCUCGCAUUGCAUACCUUGUUUUACAACAUCGUCUAUACGGACGAUCGGAACGUAUUCAAUGGCAAGACCUUCAACACACUAUUUCAUUCGGUUUGCCUGAUGAAGAAGCCAUCCAGGCUGGUAUGCAUCAAGUCAAUGUCAAUAAUGACGCCCAAACCGACAAAAAUAUGGAAGCCAGUGAAUGA